UGGCCGCCUUGCCCCCGGGGGAGGUGGUAUUUGUUUUGAAUGAGCAAGACAGACGUCAAUUGAGCGCGGCAGCAAGGCAUCCACUGCGCAUUCACAGACCGACGACGACGACGACGUUUUAUCAAUGAAAUAGUGCUUAUUUCGGCGAAAACAUUGUUUCGUCUGCAUCGUCCGAGUGUACAGCAGGCGUUGGCAACAUGGUCGCGAGGGCGUAAUUGUCGAUCGUCGAUCGCCAUGGCGAAGAAGGAAACGAUUCGCGAGCGACAGGAAAACGAACUAGAAGUAAUAAAGUCCAUCUUUCACGAUGAAGUUGAAGAUUUGCGACCCAGGACGGGAAAGUGGAAGCCGCUGGAGCUGCGUUUGCAUCUUACACCGCAAAGAGGAUCCGCCAAGGAGGCGUACGUGAAGGCGGAUCUGUACGUGACCUGCUCGCCAAAGUAUCCAAAGUGCCCACCGAAACUAGAGCUAAAGCAUGCCGUCGGCCUGUCGGACAGUCUGGUGCGCGAGCUGACGGAGAAGCUGGAACAGUUGGCGGACGAGCUGAAGGGUGAGGUGAUGAUUUUCGAGCUGGCAAACACUGUGCAAGCCUUUCUGCAUCAGCACAAUGUACCGCCGAAGGGUAGCUUCUACGAUGAGAUGCUGGCCAACCAGCAGAAGCAAGCCCUCGCGCGCCAGAACACGCUCCAGGCCGAGGAAACGCUCAAGCGCCAGGCCAUACAGGACGAGCUGCAGCGGCGCAAGAAGGAGCUCGAGCGUACGAGGCGCGAAUCCCGCCACAGUACGAACGAGUCGAGCCCAAUGCACCGUUUGCACUCCAGCUCCUCGACCGAGAACAGUGACGGGGCGUACUGUGUCGAGCAUAGGCGCAGCGAGGUGCUGUACUUCCGCGACGGCCGCAAGGUGCUGCGCGGAUCCUGUUUGGGCCAUUCGCAGCGUGGCUGUAUUGCGUACGCCGGAAUCGAUCAGCAAACCGGCGAGCUGGUCUACCUGACCGAGUGGACGCUGUACUACGACGGGGAGUGCUCGGCCGAAAGCCGAACAAUCCGCGGUCGGCCGGUGGAGACGGUGGUGGGGGAAAUGGAGCGCCUGGCCGAUGGCUUGAUCCCGCUCAAGCACAAGCAUCUGAUCGCGUACGAAGGCGUGCUGUGCCGGAUGGGCAAGGAAGCGCUCACGCUGUUCGUGGUGCAGGAGUUUAUCCUGGGCACGAGUUUGUUCAGCAUUUCCGGCUCGCUGGGCUGGAGUGUGGAAGGCGCAAGCAUGGUGGCCAAGGGCACGCUGGAAGCACUUAUCUACCUCCACAACAACGGUGUUUCGCACGACAAUCUAUCCGAUUCGACCGUGUUCAUGGAUAAUGCCGGAAUGGUACGCGUGGCUGACUUUCGGUUGAUACCGUACAUACAAGAGCUGAGCGAUAGUCAGCACUUAUUGCAUCAGUCACUGCGCAGUCCCGACCUACCGUCACUGGGUGGGCUGAUCGAGGCACUGCUUGCGCCACACUCCGAGAUGAAAGAUUUCGUCGAAAGAUGCAAAUCGGAACGUACAAUCUCCGCCACCGAGCUGCUCGAUCAUCCGUUUUUGCGCUCCACAUUGCUGCUACACACCGACCACGUGGCAAUGGGUCAGCAGCAACUAACGGCGGCUGCACUGCAAAAAGCACUGCCAGCUCCGACGACAGUUGGCCAGCGGUCGGAAAACGGCCAACAGCAGCAGCUGCAGCAGCAACUCGUUCCCUACAUGCCGCUGGUGAUGAACGGCUCAGGCACCGGGCAGGAAAAGUCCCGCAUUCAGACCGAGUUUGAGCUGCUGUCGUACCUUGGGAAGGGUGCGUACGGGGACGUGCUCAAGGUGCGCAACAAGCUCGACAACCGCGAGUACGCGAUCAAGCGCAUACGGCUGCCGGCGCGAAGCAAACAGUUCUACAAGAAGAUGACCCGCGAGGUGGAGCUGCUGUCCCGCUUGAACCAUGAAAAUGUCGUGCGCUACUACAACAGCUGGGUGGAGGCAACGAGCACCGCGGAAAUGCUGGCCGCCACCGAUACGGAGGGUGAAAUGGCUGGCGGGGGCACAGUGAGCAGUUGCGAUUGGUCCGUUGCAAGUCGCCCGAAGCGAAGGGCCUCACGGGUACGUCGAACAACUGCCACGGCGGCGGCGGCGGACUUGGUGAAGAAAGGCAUCGAAGAUAAGAAUAUCGAUUGUUUCGUGGACUUUUUGCCUAACGAUACGAGCAGUGAGGAGGACGAGGAUGAAGAGGAUGACGACGAAACGAAUGAUCUCGACGAGGAUAGUAGUAGUAGCAGUAGCGAUGAAAGCAGUGGCUCCAUUAGCAACCACCGCAAGCUGAACGAAGAGAGCUUUAACGACAGUUCGGGUGGGAUCGAGUUCGUAGGAUCGAACGGGGAAGCGCCAUCGUACAACAGCUACGGCGAAGCGGGAUCGGCAGUGGAAAAUGGUGGGGGCAAGAAGGCUGCGACGACUCCUGCACCGCCCGAAGUGCUGUACAUGUACAUCCAGAUGGAGUUCUGCGAGAAGAGCACGCUGCGGACGGCGAUAGAUGCUGGGCUGUACCAGGAUAUCGAUCGCGUGUGGCGACUGUUCCGGGAGAUCGUGGAAGGGCUCAGCCACAUCCAUCAGCAGGGCAUGAUUCACCGCGAUCUGAAGCCGGUCAACAUUUUCCUCGAUUCGCGGGACCAGGUAAAGAUCGGCGAUUUCGGUCUAGCGACGACGAGCAUUCUGGCGCUGCAGAAUCAAGGCCAUCAAAACGCUACCCCUGGACAGAUGGGCCAUCUGGCGGUGGCCAGCAUCCAGCAGGGGAAAUCGUCCGACAUUGGCUACUCGCUAACGGGCAAAGUCGGUACGGCGCUGUACGUGGCACCCGAGCUAACGGGCAAUGCGUCCCGCUCGACCUACAACCAGAAGGUGGAUCUUUACUCGCUCGGCAUCAUACUGUUCGAAAUGAGCUCCCAGCCACUGAACACCGGCAUGGAGCGGGUGAAAACGCUGAUGGAUUUGCGUUCCGAUGCGAUACGGCUGCCGGAAGCGCUGCUGACCGAUGCGCGCUACAGCCGGCUGGUGCAGGUGAUCCGCUGGCUGCUAAACCACGACCCGCAAAAGCGUCCAACCGCGGAAGAAGUACUCUGCUCGGAGCUGGUGCCUCGUACGCGGCUCGAGGCCGAGGAAAUACAGGACGUGGUGAGACACAUUCUGUCGAAUCCGCAGUCCCGCCACUACAAGCAUCUGAUUGCGCGCUGCUUCGCCCAGGCCAGCGAUCCCAUCUGCGAGCUAAGCUACCACUUUGACAUGGUACCGAUGAUACCGAUACUGCCCCGGUUCGAUUACGUGAAGGCGAAGCUGGUCGCACUCUUCCGGAAGCAUGGUGCCAUCGAGGUGGUUACACCACUGCUGACGCCAUACACGAAACAGCACGCGGCUCGGUCGAACACGGUCAAGCUGAUGACACACUCCGGAAGUGUUGUCACGUUGCCAGAUGAUUUGAGGGUCCCGUUUUUGCGUCACAUCGCGCUGAACGGCAUUAAGCACAUUCGCCGCUACUCGAUUGGGCGCGUGUAUCGCGAGAAGAAGGUGUUCAACUUUCACCCGAAGCAGGUGUACGAGUGUGCGUUCGAUAUUGUAACACCCAGCAGGGGACAUCUCAUUACCGAUGCGGAGCUGCUAGCAAUCGCGACAGACGUGAUGAGGGAGCUUAAUCUACUGCAAGGACGAAACGUGUUCUUCCGCCUCAAUCACAUCGGCCUGCUGCGAGCAAUUCUCAUGCACUGCAACGUACCGAUGGACAAGUACCGCGAGCUGUUCGAGAUGGUGGCCGAGUUUUUGGACGAAAAGAUUUCGAAAUUUCAGCUCUCUUCGCUGAUCAACUCGCUGAUCGGAGGAAGCGCGGCCAAGAUCAACGUGAGCUUCCUGUGCGACGCGUUGCAGCUCGAACUGUCGUCAGUGGGAUUGCUGGGGGGCAGUAUACUGAAGAGCAUCAUCCGUGGCAAGGGCGAGGCGGCCAGCCUGGCAAAGGUCGCCGUCCGGGAGCUGGAAACGGUGGUCACGCUCGCCCAGAACAUGGGCGUACAGUGUCCGUUGAAUGUGUGUCCGGGACUGCCGGUGAAUUAUGAGCGCGCCAAGACGGGCGGCAUUGUUUGGCAGCUGCUGGGUGAGCUGAAACCGAAGCGCAAAAAUCCGCUCACAACGAUCGCCGUCGGUGGACGCUACGAUGGUAAACUGGCCGAGUUUCAGAAAUCGGGCAUCAAUAACGGCCUCCAGGUGCCAAAGGUGGAUCUAAGCGGUGCCGGGUUUUCCUUUCUGCUCGAUAAGCUGGUCAAUGCCAUUGCGCCGACGGCCGGCUACGAACCGAUCGAGGUGAUGAUCUGUGUCACCGGCUCCCGGCCACAGCCAAAGGAGGUCGCCCAGACCUUGCGCCCGCUGUGGUCGAACAGCAUCAAAACGUGCGUGGUGGAAACGAGCGCCGGAGCGGUAGACGAUCUCGGCAAGGAGGCCGGUGCCACCGUUGUCGUGCUGCUGGGCGACGGUGGAGAGAUGCGGGUGCGCUCGUGGAACCAUGACCGCUUUCAGGAACUUCACGUCACCCGUCCCGAGCUGAUGCCGUACAUACUGCGCACGCUGCGCCGGUCCGAUGUGUCGACGGGCGAACUUUCCCAGGCGCUACAAAGCACUUCGCUCGGUGGGGCCUCCACGUCUGCCUCCUUUUCCUACUCGUCGUCCUUUACUGCCAUUUCGUCCGCGGCAUCCACGAGGCUCAGCUCGGCCUCGUCGAGUGCUGCGAGCCAGCAGCAAUCUAUCAAUACCUCCCCACCGCUCGAUCUUGUGUUUCUCACGAGCGAGAAGAUAAACACCAGUAAAAAGCGCCGCUACGAGCAUCAGGUUGAGCAUAAGAUGUCGCCCGUCCUGUCCAAAUUCCAUCGCAAGGAAAAGGUCACCCUCAUUAUGGUGGACGUACCGAGCGCACCGCUCCGUGGACUGGUUGGGCUGAUUGAUCCGCUCGAGUGUGGAUCGCAGGAGGAUGACGACGACAUACCGUCCGGAUCGACAACCGAUCGCGUGGAGCUGCAGAGCCUUUGCGAGCGGUACCCCAAGUACAAACGGCAGCUGAUGCAGAUCUACAACGAGAUUGUCGAUCUGUUUGCCCAAAGCAAGGGAACGACCCCGAUCGUUGGGCUGUACAGUGUCAUCGACACAUUCUGUCGGUUGAUUCUGUGAACGAAGCAGACUGUAGCUAUUCUACAGCCACUUGUAAAGGUGGGUUUUUAUAUGAGCGCUAGUGCGGUAAGAUACAAUGUUGUAUAGAUGCAACAUAGUCCCCUAAA